AUGUAUAACACUUACAAUUCAACUACACAAGAUAUUGAAAACAAAGGCAUACAUCAAAUUAUAGAUAAACCUUAUGAUCAAAAAUAUUUUAAAGAAUUAAAUACAAUUCAACCAGAUUUUACUGAUAUGUCAUUAGAACAGUUAAAAAUAGCUCAUUGGAGAGGAUAUUCACAAAUAUGUGUCCAGGAUGCUUAUACACCACAGUCAGAAUAUCGUGCACAAUUUGCAGAUUUUAUAAAAGAUUCAAAAUCUUAUCAAAAAAUGCAACCUUAUUGUAUAUGUUCAAUUGGUAAUCCAAUAACUAUUGUUGGUAUGGAUAUACCAAGGUUAUAUACUGGAAAAUGUGAUUUGAAACGUCCACAAACAGAAAGUGAUUUAAACAAACAACUUGAUGGAACAGCUGAAUAG